UUAUAUUUAGUCUUUUUGAAUCACAGUAGCAAACAAAUAAACAAAAAAAGAGAAUAAGUUUAUAGUAUAAUAUUUUGAAUAUUUAAAAUCAAUUAGUGUAUUAAUUACGCUAGUUCCACUUUUUCGGAUUUUUUUUUCAGUCGUUGAGAGUUCUCUGACAUUCGUCGUCAUAUUCCGCCGGAUCCGACACAUAAACAGGCCGAUAGGUCAGCCCCUUGUCUACCUCCUGUAGAUGAGUUAUUAGUCCGUUCAUGUACGCCACUUCCUCCAAGUUUUGCAGACGUUUUUCCGCCUGCAGCCCAAAAUCUUUAUAUAGCAUCUUCUUGAUAGAUUUAAAUUUUUCGUCUAUCUCCCUGAAUCCACAUCUAAGAUUUUCGGUCCUUGUUUGGAGUUCGCGGGAUUCCUCGAUCAACUUGAGGACCCGCUGUCUAAGUUCUUCAAAGGAGCUGCUCUCUCUGGCGAAGUAUUCACUGCAUUCCGUCUGAUUGGAUCGAAGCUUAUUCAUUAAUCUGAAAAAUUGUUUCAAAUCCUCCCCGUCUCCAUGUUUAACAGCAUCUGUUCUUUCCAUGUUUACAAUACAAAAACAUCAACGUCUUUUCCAACAGUCGGUGUACAGUUAUAUGACGUCAUAGGCGUAAAACCAGGUAGCGUCACGCUACUUCCAGGUUAUUAUAGUUGCCGUGGUUCGGUGACAUGUAUACAUUCUAUACAAAAGAUGUCGGAUGCCAAACAGCUAUCCCCAACAGAGGUGAUAAAGGCCUUAAAAUGCGGCGUGUGCUGGGGCUACUUCAACAAACCGCAUACUCUUAAAUGCGGCCAUAGUUUUUGCAUGAGAUGUCUGUACAAAGUCUGCAAAGUAGCCCGAGACAACAAUGAGCAUGUUCUGCUUUCCUUUUUAAAGUUUCCUUGUCCGACAUGUAGGUCGCCCAUGCGCGUUCGAUAUAUUCUGCAACGACACGCAUGUGUCAACUUUGCCAUUCAAGAAUAUGUCAACCACUGGAAAAAGGAGAGAAAUCAAGUUCGAGAAAUGCAUCAAUUAGAAGUACGAUCAAUCGGUUGUCAAAACUCAGAAGACGAAGAAGAAAAAGAAGAGGAAAAGUCAGACGAAAAUCCGUCCGUGUCGGCCAUUGAGUACAAUCACGUAACCACUAGACUUGACGUUUCUUCCUUCCUCUCCGACGUCGCAACCAGCGUGUCGUCAUUGUCCUGCGUGGAUUUGUCGUCAGAGGACAGCGACUAUACAGUCGACACGUCUUCAGAGGAUACGGAUGACCUUGACUUUCAUAUCGGUAUCCGGGAAGGUCGAGGUCGAAUGAGGAUGCUAGGCCUCCGGGGAAGUUUUCGGAAUUUCUUAGCAGACGUUGCAUUCACGUGUCAAGACAUGUUCCGUUCCCCGAAUCGAUCAAUAAUGGCGCUGAUCUGGUGCGGCUAUACUUUUUCAAUCAUGCUGAUUGCUAAUGGAUUUUUCCCUUAUAUGCUGCUGUACAGUUUGCUUUUCUUCCUUAUACUAUACGCAGAAACUAUUCAACAAAGGAGAAGAUAGCUUGAAUAUUAUCCAAUGUUAAAUAAAUGGGUACAGUAUG